UUCAAAUGACAGUGCACGGGGACAACGUGAGGAUAAACGUAACCCCAAUCCGCCGCUGGUGGUAAAUUUACGUGCGAUUCUCGUUUGCACGACUACGAAAUGAUUUCAAAAUCUACCUAGAAGAGCCCGAAAUGGAUAACAUCGGCUCGAUAGAGUUCUUAGAUUUAACCGGCGUCGGGGAAGAGGAAAAAAACGGCAUCCUUCACUCGUUACACGCUUGGAACCCCAAAGUGGAAGUACCAUGGAAACGAUCUUUUCAUGCACAGAACAAAUGUACAGUGCCACAAAAUACCCCUCAUAUAAACGCUCAUCUCCCAAACAUAACCCAAUGUAAUGGCCCACCUCCAAACAUAAUAAUCCCACAGACAGUCCCAUUAAUUCCAUCUCACCAACAACCCAUAUACUCCCAAUACUCAGUGACAUGUUACCAACCAAUUUCAACAAGCGCCACAGCAGUUCCCCAUUAUUCACAAGUUUAUCCAUAUCCCCAUAGUCCAGGGAUUCCUGCACAUAUAACAGUAACUUCACAACCAGUUUCGCCCAUCAUUGUUCAAAGUUAUGGAUUCACAACAAACCAUACGACAACAUUUACAUCUCAAAAUCAAUACAUUCAAAAUCAAGAUUAUGGAAGUGGUGGUUUAGAAGAGGGUGGUGUUGAGGUUGAAGAAGAUGUAAACACACAGAAUGGGACGAAGGUUGAAGAGAAGGAGGAUGUUGUGUCAAAACCACCAGUUAAAAAAUUAUGGGCUAGUUUAUUUCAACCAAAUAAGACUCAUCAAAAUGUGGAAAAUGGUGAUGAAUCUUUAAAGAUGGUCAAUGUAAAGGUUAAUGUACAGAACGUUGAUGUAAAUAAUCAUAUGGACGAGAGAAGUUGUGUCAAUGAUGAUAUGAAGUAUAGAUAUGACGAUCCAGUUUAUCAUAGAAUAGGAGAGUUUCUUUCUACUCAUAUAAUUGACCAUAAAACAAUCAGUCUACAGCCCCGCGGCUUAAUAAAUCGCAGCAAUUAUUGCUAUAUAAAUUCCAUCCUUCAAGCAUUACUGGCAUGUCCACCAGUUUACAACUUACUUAUCAAAGUUGCUGAUCUAAUAACAACAAACGCCAAAAGGAAACAUAUCCCGGUUAUUGACAAUAUGGCAAAGUUUGUAAAAGAAUUCCAACAUUUACCGGCAGCUCAACGGGUUUCGAGGCGCGUCGAUAAAAAUGUUAAACAAGACCCGAAUUCUAUUAUUAAUUCCGACGUCCCUUUCGAACCUGGGUACAUUUAUAAGAUGUUGAACGGGAUGCGUUCUGACACGUUUGUGGUGGAGGGGCGCCAAGAAGACGCUGAGGAGUUUUUGGGUUGCUUAUUAAACGGUUUAAAUGAUGAAAUGUUGGAAUUGAUGAAAUUGGUGGGAAAGCAAAGGACUAAAUCGGUGAUGGAGGAGGUGACUAUGGAUGACGCCGCUGAUAGCAAGGAAUGGCAGGUGAUGGGGCCGAAAAAUAAAGGAUGCGUGACGAGACGCAUCGAUGUCGUUCAAACACCUUUAAGCGACAUAUUUAGCGGACAUCUACGGUCUAGGUUACACAGAGCAGGGGAUAAGUGUACAGAUAAUAUUCAACCAUUUUUUACACUACAACUUAAUAUUGAAAAAGUAACUACUGUCCGAGAUGCCUUAGAAGCUUUGGUUUGCAAAAACCAAUUGGAAGGGGUUACCUCUUCAAAAACAAACAAAGAAGUUGAAGCUUGGCAACAAGUUACGAUUGAAGAGUUGCCUUACGUUCUUGUUUUGCAUUUAAAAUGUUUUGAUUAUAAAUUGGAUGGAUGUACAAAGAUUAUUAAGGCAUUGGAGUUUCCAAUUGACUUAAAAUUGGAUUCUAAACUGUUGUCAUCAAAAACAAAUUAUUCUUUAAAAGAAAAGCAAUACAAAUUAUUUGCGGUAGUAUAUCAUGAUGGAAAGGAGGCGAGUAAAGGUCAUUACUUAACGGAUGCUUACCACGUGGGAUAUGCUCGUUGGUUACGUUAUGAUGAUGUGUCAGUGAAACCGGUUGCUGAAGAACAAGUGUUAAAACCGCACGGAACUCGCGUUCCGUAUCUCCUCUUUUAUAGAAGAAGCGAUUCAAUUCGAAGUAAAUGAGAUGGCCUAUUCGUAAUUUAUAUUAUAUAUAUUAUUGUCUAAUGA